AUGGCGGCGGACUCAGGUUCGUCUUCUGAAGCUCCGGAAGAAUUUGUGUGUAAACACUGUAAAAAGGCGAUAGUUCGCGAUAAACUGAGUUGUUCCAAAUGUAAAAACUUUUACCAUCCAGGAUGUGUAAAAUUAGCUGUGAAAACUGAGUGCAUUAAUGAGUUUGAGAAGGAAGAAGUGUUCGAACAAAAAAGUGCUAGUGAAAUCGAAAUUCGUUAUCAAAAAAUUUUGAUUGAUGAAUUAAUAAGCAAAAAUAAUGUAGUUAUGGAAAAUAACAGACUUCUCGUCAAAAAAAUUGUUAGACUAGAAGAACAAUUGAAGUUAAAAUCAAAUGCAAGUAUUGUAUAUUAUUCAUCAGAUAAUAGUGAAAUUCCUCCAGUAGAAACAGUACAAGAGAAGUGGACUACUGUUACUAAUAAGAAGAAGGAAAAGAAUAAUGCAGCCACAAUAAAAGGAACAGCAACAGGUGGAAACAUUUUUGGAGCCGCAGAUAGUCUAGCAUGGUUUUACGUAGGCAAGGUCAAUGCAACCACAAACUGUCAACAAAUACAGGAGUACCUAAUGGGCAAAUUUCCGAAUGAAACGUUUAAAGUGGAGGAAAUUCAAAAGCAUGAGCAAAAUACAAGCAAAAAUAAGUCUUUUAAGGUGGGCUUCAACUUUAAAAUCAAGUGUGGCCACAAGGUUAGGUUGCAAAAAUUAUUAGAUCAUACCAGCCAACGUUUGUUCGAAAUUCAAAAUGAAGUUUUGGUUCAAACCUUAGAACAUAAACCUGCAACUUCUUCUUUAUUACUACAAUUGGAGUGUAAAUGGGGCUUAGAUGGUAGUAGCAGUCAUUCAAUGUACAAGCAAAAAUUUUCCAGUGAAAAUUUUAAUACCAGUGAUGCAGACAUUCUUUUAAGUUUAUUGGUACCUUUGCGACUGCACUUUAAAAAUAAAGAUAACGACCAAACCGUGGUCGUCUGGCAGAACCCGAGGUGCUCAUCUACAAGAUUUUGCAGAAAAGGUGUUUCAACGACCACUACAAAAUUUUUCGAAUGCAUUCUGCAUCUAUCAUAUAGACUGGACAUUAAAAAAUGGCAAGUUCGGGGCUCAAAUGAAGAAAAGGCAGCAUUUGAAGAAAGGAAAAAAUCUAUCAUAUCGGCUCUCAAGUCGGAAUUGGGCCUUUUGGUUAAUGUUGUCAAGCAAGGCUAUGGCAAUACAAAUGAUAGAAACACCUUUCGCAGAUUUUUCGAGGACAGCACAAAAGCAAGCGAAAUCACUAGGGUUGAUGAAACACGUAUUCGUCGGUUCUCCGUUAUUCUCCAAGCUUUAUCAAGUGGUUAUUAUGUUGACGUUGAUCAGUUUAGGAAUUAUACUCUAGAGACUGUAAAACUUUAUGUAAGACUUUACCCUUAG